ACGGCGACUUUUGCAACGAACCAGAGAAACAAGGAGGUUAAGAGAGAAGUCAAGUCAAGAAUGGAGUCCCCGAUCCUGAUUUGGAAUAUAAAACUUGCCCAAAUGUGAGGACUAUAAUUAAAAACCCUUUUGUGUUCAAUUCAUUCAUUCCCUUCUAUUCCUUCACUUGUCCGCACAUCUCAUCUCGUUGCAUUUAUAGCUUCCACUCUUAACAGAGUCCUUUCUCUCUCUAUACAUAUAGAGAGAGAAUCGGAGUGUUUUCUCUCUCUAAACUGGAGAAAUAUUGAUGGGUACAGUGAUGGAGUCUACAGGGGUUGAGGGUGCAAGUGGAGUGCAAGAUAACUUGGAAAGCAAUGAGAUAGAGCUAACCAAAAUUGGAAUCAUGAGAGACUUCAUCCAAACUCAAAAUCCCUCUGCAAAGGAUGUAGAUGAUUUUAUGAUUAGGAGAUUUCUGCGAGCUCGUGAUCUAGAUAUUGAGAAGGCUUCCAGUCUACUUCUAAAUUACCUAAGCUGGAGGCAAGCAUUUAUUCCCAAUGGCUUUAUAUCUACAUCAGAGAUUUCAAAUGAACUUGCCCAAAAAAAGAUUUUUAUGCAAGGACUGGAUAAGAUGGGACGCCCCAUAGUAGUUGCCUUUGGUUCCCAACAUAAACCUAGCAAAGGGAGUCUAGAGGAAUUCAAGCGUUUUGUGGCGUACACUCUCGACAAAAUUUGUGCAAGAAUGCCGAGAGGACAGGAAAAGUUUGUCUGCAUCGCAGACCUUGAAGGAUGGGGAUAUUCUAAUAGUGACAUUCGCGGAUAUCUUGCAGCUCUAUCGAUCUUGCAGGAUUGUUUUCCAGAGAGGCUAGGCAAGUUAUUUAUAGUCCACUCGCCUUACAUGUUUAUGACAGCAUGGAAAGCUGUUUACCCGUUUAUUGACAACAAAACCAAAAAGAAGAUAAUUUUUGUUGAGAACAAAAAAUUGAGACCGACGUUGCUUUGCGACAUUGACGAGAGCCAACUUCCAGAUACAUAUGGAGGCAAACUACCAUUAGUUCCAAUCCAGGACUCUUGAUAAGCUGAUCCCUGUUGUCUAGAUUUCCUCUUGUAUGGUCUACUAUUACUAACUUAGCUUGAUAGCUAGAUAUGUCACAUUCAUAUAUCAAGCAACAUUGUUCCAUUAUUUGCCUCCAGGGUGUUCUACUAUUACUUGACACACCAUGUAUUCUCUAUCCAUUGAAUUGAAUGUUGAAACUUGAUAUGAGUAUACAUUAUUUGAAAAAACGCUUGUUUCCCUCCUAGUCAUUCUAAA